AUGUCGAAGCUCUCACCAGCACUCAAAUCUCUCAUAAAAGCGGCACAUUCGCGCCCUGGGCCGGUCCCAGCACCGCGACAAAUUCAGUCCAUCUAUAGCAAAAUAGAAGAGGAAGCCACAGCGCGUAAACUCGGGAGGCCAUCAUGGCUAGGCAUCUCCACCGCUGCAACGAUGACGAUGAACUCACCAGAGUCAAUGGUCGCAUUAUACAACUCCUCGACCAAGUCGAAGUCAGAAAGUGAGAGUGUCGCCAUAGCGGAGUUUAUGCGAGAGAUAGGCUUGAAAUGCAUAGGUUUCAAUGGCAUUCCUCGCACAAUAAACAUGCUCAAUGCAUUUCGCGCAGACCUUCCCUCUUCGAUCGCAUCCUCCCUCAACACAAAACCCACUCGCUUCCCCGAUCCUUCCAAUAUCGAGUCGAUCAAUUCGCGAGGCCGAGAACUCUGGAACGCCAUAUACAGGCCACUCGAGACAAAGCUAGAGCACAAACUUGGAGACGCACAUCCCGACCUGCCCGUAUUUAUAAUAAACACUGAGUACGGCGGCCUAUUCACCGACCCUCCUCGCAAGACAGGUGCGACCGUCGGAAGGAUCACAACAAGCUUAGUCGCAGUAACGUGCCUGCGAGCGCAGCAGGGCGUUGGUCCUCAAGUACUCAGUCAUGUCUUCGGGCUGAGGAAGGCAUGGGAAGAUGGUACAUGGAAGCAAGAGCCAGAGGCAGGCGAAGAGGAGGGAAUCAAGUGGCUUGUUAGCGACGAAGGGUGUACAUGGGUGUUGGAGAAGGUCGACGAGCUUGUUGCGGUGCUUGGUGGUGGACAGGGCAGCACCUUUGCUCCCGUCAAAUCAAAGCUUUGA